GCCCUUAGAAAAGCUAACAAUUCGUGAAACUCAUUGUGUGUGAAUGCAAUCGAUCCGUCUUUAAAUAUUUCUUUAUAUAUAUUAAUUUCGUCUUGUGUAGCGUUCGACAAGUACAUACACUAUGGGAUCAAUUGUAUCUUCUUGGAUGAAAUCACUAGUAGCACCAACCAAGCGAGUCACCCAAAUCUCUGAUUGGAAGGUUUAUCUAAAAAAGGAGUCGAGAAAACCAUCUCGAUUGACGGUGAUAUAUUUCUUUGCAUCAUGGUAUUCCCGUUGUAACCCAUUAGAACCUGGCCUCGAUUACCUUGCUUCCAAAUAUACAGACAUUAACUUCUUUAAGAUCGAUAUCGAUAAGUUAACGGGUGUGGCAAAGAAAUUCCAGGUAAAUACACUGCCUACUCUUGUAGUUUUAAAACAAGGAGAAGUAGUGAAAAUAAUUGAUAGUGACAAGAUUGACGUCAUAGAGAAUAUGAUCAAGGAAGUGGCGGAGACGGAAGCUUCAAAACCUGCUGCCACUAACUGAUUUUACCAAUUUUCAUUCUAUUUGUUCUUCAAAGUCUUCAUGCUAAAAGUUUGUAUUGAAUAAAGAAUUAAUGGUCUAAAUUUUUAGAUAUAAAAUUCCAAAUUAUAUUGCUUGUA